AUGCGGAAACAACUCGACCCGCGUAUUCCGAUUCUGAUUAACAACAAUGUGAAGUUGAACCAUAGGAGUUUUAUUGUGCUUGUGGGAGAUAAGGGGAGGGAUCAGAUUGUGAAUUUGCAUUUUUUGUUGUCGCAGGCGAGGGUAUCGGCGAGACCGUCGGUGUUGUGGUGUUAUAAGAAGGAUUUGGGGUUUACUACGCAUAGGAAGAAGCGGGAAGCGAAGAUUAAGAGGGAGGUGAAGAAGGGGAUUCGGGAGCCUAAUGAACAGAAUCCGUUUGAGAUUUUUGUGACUGUUACGGAUAUCCGGUAUACGUAUUACAAGGAAUCCCAUAAGAUCCUAGGAAACACGUAUGGGAUGUUGGUGUUGCAGGAUUUUGAGGCGAUUACCCCGAAUUUGUUGGCCAGGACGAUUGAGACGGUUGAGGGUGGUGGGUUGGUUGUGCUCCUCCUGAAGACGAUGACGAGUUUGAAGCAGUUGUAUACGAUGACUAUGGAUGUUCAUUCGCGAUAUCGAACCUCGUCGCACGACAGCGUCACCGCUCGGUUCAACGAACGUUUUAUUCUUUCGCUCGGCUCGUGCGCGGACUGUCUCUUCCUCGACGACGAGCUCAACGUGCUCCCCAUCUCCCGGGGGAAGGACAUCCAGCCCAUCGAAGAUUCCUCGCCGUCAUCGACCUCGACCUCGCCCGACGCCAAAGCCCUCAAGACGAUCCAGGAUUCUCUGGCGGACACCAAGCCCGCCGGCGACCUCGUCAAGCUGGCCAAGACGAGCGACCAGGCGAAGGCCCUACUCACGUUCAUCGAGGCCAUCGCGGAGAAGACCCUCUCGAGCACCGUAACGCUCACUGCCGCCCGUGGACGCGGUAAAUCCGCUGCUCUGGGUCUCGCCAUCGCCGCCGCCCUCGCGCAUGGCUACUCGAACAUCUUCGUCACCUCGCCUUCGCCCGAGAACCUCAAGACGCUCUUCAACUUCAUUUUCAAAGGCUUGGAUGCGUUGGGGUAUGAGGAGCAUUUGGAUUAUGAUAUUGCGCAGGCGAAGAGUGAGAGUAUGGGGCAUCCCGAGGAUGCGCAUGUCCUGGGCCAGGCCGAGUUGGUGGUUAUUGAUGAGGCGGCGGCGAUUCCUCUUCCGCUUGUGAGGCGGCUCCUCGGCCCUUACCUCGUCUUUAUGGCGUCCACUAUCAACGGCUACGAGGGUACUGGACGAUCGUUAUCCCUCAAGCUCAUCCAGCAGCUUAGGGAGACGACGCGUCCGGCGCUGAGUAAGGAGCCGUCGGCGGCGGAGAGGGAGAAGGAGGCUGGGACGAUGGGGGUGGGGAAGGAGAAGAAGGUGGUUAUGAAGGCUCCUGGGAAGGCGAGGACGUUGAGGGAGAUUAAGCUCGAUGUGCCGAUUAGGUAUUCGAGUGGGGAUAAGAUUGAGAAGUGGUUGAAUGGGUUGUUGUGUUUGGAUGCGAGUGUGUCGAGUGGGGGUGCUUUGGCUGGCUGCCCGCACCCCUCGCAGUGCGAGCUCUACUACGUCGAGCGCGACACCCUCUUCUCGUACCACCCCGCCUCCGAGGUCUUCCUCCAGCGCAUGAUGGCGCUUUACGUCGCUUCGCACUACAAGAAUCAACCUAACGAUCUACAACUCAUGUCCGACGCGCCGGCUCACCACCUCUUCGUCCUCCUCCCUCCCUUGCACGACCAGAACUCGUCCACUUCCUCCGCCGAUCCCUCCUCUUCCAAAGACUCGACAUCUACCACGACAAAGGAAACGCACCUCCCCGAACCCCUCGUCGUCCUCCAAGUGGCGCUCGAAGGUAACGUUUCUAGGGAUGUUAUCUUGGAUUCGUUGGGGAGGGGGGUGAGGCCGGGGGGUGAUUUGAUUCCGUGGUUGGUUAGUCAACAGUUUCAGGAGGGGAGGUUUGGACGGUUGAGUGGUGCGCGGGUUGUUAGGGUUGCUGUGCAUCCUGAUUAUGCGAAUAUGGGGUAUGGCUCGAGGGCUAUCGAGGCGCUUAACGCCUUCUAUAGUGGGGAGUAUUAUAAUUUUGACGCGGAUGUUGAGGAGGGGGAAAAUGUGAAGGGGAAGAAGAGGGGUGGUGAGGAGGAGGGAGAGGAAUCGACGCUCCUCACUGAAAUGCCCACCGUCCGGUCUGUAUCGAGUAUGCCGCCCCUGUUGCAGCGGCUUUCGGAGAGGAAACCUGAGAGUUUGGAUUGGUUGGGUGUUAGUUAUGGGUUGACUCCUGCUUUGUUGAGGUUCUGGAAGCGCGCGGGCUACAUCCCGCUGUAUGUUCGUCAGACGGCGUCGGAGUUGACGGGCGAGCAUACCUGUGUGAUGGUUCGUGGCUUGAACAGCUCGCCCGAGAGUGAGUUGGAGUGGUUGGGCGAGUUUGCGAAAGAUUUCCGACGACGAUUCAUUUCGCUGCUUUCGUACAAGUUCAGGGAGUUUGGGAGUGUGACCGCGUUGAGUAUUCUUGAAGCUGUGAAUGCUGGGAUUCCGAAGGCGGCGGGUGAGGAUGCCACGCCACUCAACGCUCAAGAACUCAGCUAUCUGCUCACUCCCUUCGACCUCAAACGACUGGAAGCCUACGCCAACAAUACCCUCGACUAUCAUGUCGUUCAAGAUCUCUUCCCCGCCAUCGCGUCGCUUUACUUUACGCAUCGGUUCGACGGUACGGGUUCGGAGGAGGGUGAGGAUGGUGGAGAGGGAGGGAAGAAAGGAGGGAGUGGUGUUCGGUUGACUGCUGUCCAGAGUUCGAUUUUGUUGGCGUUGGGGUUGCAGAGGAAGAGCGUUGAGGAUGUUGAGGCUGAGCUCUCGCUCCCCGUUAACCAAGCCCUCGCGCUCCUCGUCAAGAUUGUACGGAAGAUCAGCAAGCGCCUGCUCGAGAUCCAGAAGAGGGCUGUGGCUGCGACGGUGCCCGACUUGAGACAGAAGGCGGCGGAGGGGUCAGCGAGGAUCAACGAAGUCAAGGACGUCGAGAUGGGCUCCACCUCGAAAGAUGAAUGGCAACCUAGCGUCUCAGCGUCGAUCGAGAAGGAGCUCGAUGAGGCUGGUGAGGGUGUUAGGCGCGAGUUGAAGGAGAAGCAGAAGGCGCUGUUGGAGAGUUUGGAUUUGCGCAAUGCAGCGCUGACGGUUACUGUUCGCGGUGUUGCUGUUCGCGAUGUCGCUAGGUAUGCGAUUAACGAUGCUGCUGUGGACUGGGACGCUGCGUCUGCUCAAGUGCAGAAUAUCGCCAAGGGUGCGCAGGGUGCUUCGACCAUCGUGAGUUUGAAGAGUUCGGCGGUGAAGGAUAGUUCUGAAUCUGUCGGUCAGAAACGAAAAGCCUCGAUCGGAGGCGCUGGGGAUGGGGGUGAGGACAAGAAGAAGAAUAGGAGGAGUAAGAAGGUGAAGCGGUAG